AUGGAGGACUACGCUUCCGCAAUUGGUUCUUAUAGAAGCGCAUUGGCUUUGAUACAGUGCAACGAAUUCGAUUUGACUGUAGACAGCGAGUCAGAUCAACCAAUAGCAACUGAUCCACCGCCUGACGAGGGUAUGGGAUCACCGGAAAAAGAAAGAGAGCAGGAACUGCAAGAAAAAACGCAAAUGAAAUCGACCCACGCAGUUGCAGUUACAUUGAGGCAUUCCAUGUUACCACACCUGAUUCGUUUAUACUUUCAGUAUUAUCAAUCCUUUCUCAGAGCCGGAUCCAAGCAGGAAGCUCAAGUUCAACUGCGGCAGGUUGGUUCACUCACGAACGAGUACUGCUUGGCUGAUCAAAGUAACACGGAUUCACGAACAUUCACUCCUGGACAUUUGAUUAUUUUGAAACCUAUGAUUGAGUUCUAUCGAAAUGAUGAAUGCGACCGAAUGGAAGGUUUGCAUAUCCUCAAUCAUGCAAUUCAAUUCUUGGAGUCCAAUGCGGAGAUCGAUGAAAAUUUUGCCAAACUGAUUGAAAAGCUGCGCGAAGAUGGUACAUUUGUGAUCAUUCCGGGUAAAGUACGCUUAGCAAGCUUCCUUAAAAUAUCAAAUUGGGUAUUGCACUAA